CCCUUCCACGCGUGCCCCUGGCACCAGGCGAAUGUGUGACGUAAUAAGGAGGUGAUUUGCAAGGGAAAUACCCAGGUGUGAGGCAUGGGGGACGCCUAGCCCGGUGCCUCUCUCUGUUUUUUGCAUAUGGCACGUGACCGAGGCGCCUGCAGCUUCCAGGUAGCAUCCCGUAUCUAUCACUGCAGCCAGUUGCAUCACAGAUUUAAAGGCCGAUUCCAGUCUCGCUUCAUAUUAACCCGAUCUGUGCGGUAAACGUCCCUACGUUACAAGGAGUCCCCGAUGGACAUUUAGUAGCCGUCUGCUGAACAGCUGGAGAGAGUAUGGUAAAGCACCAACCGCUACAGUACUACGAGCCGCAGUUAUGUUUGUCAUGCCUGACCGGAAUUUACGGUUGCCGAUGGAAACGGUAUCAGCGGUCACAUGAUGACACCACCAAGUGGGAGCUUCUAUGGUUCAUGAUCCUCACGUUCACCUUCUUCCUCACCCUCACGUGGUUUUAUUUCUGGUGGGAAGUUCACAACGACUACAAUGAAUUCAACUGGUUUUUAUAUAACAGAACGGGACAAUGGGGUGACUGGUCCAUUCCAAUCCUCGUAUCUACUGCUGCUGGCUUCACGUAUAUUACAGCACUCUUAAUAUUGGCACUGUGUCACAUAGCAGUGGGACAACAGAUGAAUUUACACUGGCUUCACAAGGGCUUCCUCGCCAUCGUACUAGUCGCCACAGUGGUAGCCAUGACGUCUAUAGAACAAAUGUGGGAAGAAGAAUGGGAAGUCCUAUUAAUUUCCUUCCAGGCAACAGCUCCAUUUCUGCACAUCGGGGCUUUGGCCGCCAUCACCCUGCUCUCCUGGAUCAUUGCUGGCCAGUUUGCAAGAUCAGAAAAAGCCAUUUUUCAGGUGUGUUUAAUUUUAGCGUAUUUGGCUGUCGUCAUUGCACUCUAUCUCGUCCCGAUGACCAUUUCCUCACCGUGUAUUAUGGAGAAGGAUUUGCUGGGACCCAAACCCUCAGUCAUUGGCCAUCGAGGCGCACCUAUGCUUGCCCCAGAAAACACUUUAAUGUCUUUUAAAAAGGCGCUGGAGCAUCGGACGUCGGGGCUGCAGGCAGAUGUCACGGUAAGUUAUGAUGGGAUUCCGUUCAUUAUGCACGAUGACACCCUGAGGAGAACCACGAACAUCAAGCAGGUCUUCCCCGAGCUCUCGUCUCAUCUGCCCGCCAUGUUCAACUGGACCGACCUCGAGAGGCUGAAUGCUGGAGAGUGGUUUAUAAAUAAUGACCCUUUCUGGACGGUCAGCUCGCUGUCCCCGGUGGAUGUGACGGAGGCGGGAAACCAGUCCGUAUGUAAGCUGACCGACCUGCUGGCCCUGGUCAAAGAAAACAACGCAUCACUUCUUCUGAGAAUCCAUCACCUUCCAGCCGGUCACCCCCAGUACGAGACCUACAUCAACAUCACCGUGUCCACCAUCCUGCAGUCUGGACUGCCCCAGGAGCGGGUUAUUUGGCUCUCGGAUCAUGAGAGACCCUUUGUACAACAUCUUGCUCCAGACUUUCAACAAGCUUCAAGCAUCAAAAGAGAUCCUAAGUUCAUGAAGGACAGGGACAUCACCUUCAUUAACCUGAGGUACACAGAGGUCAACCAAGAAGACAUCAGGGAAUACGGUUCACAGAAUCUGACCCUCAACACGUACACCGUCAACGAGCCGUGGUUGUUCUCGGUGCUGUGGUGUGCCGGCGUGGAGUCCGUCACAUCUGACGCCUCUCACAUCCUCAGUAAGGUGCCUUUCCCCAUCUGGUUACUGGCUCCAGAUGAAUACUCGCUCAUAUGGAUCACCUCGGAUAUCAUAUCAUUCACUGUAAUUAUAGGAGUGUUCAUCCUGCAGAACUAUCACAUAAUCAGGUGGCGACUGGGCAGCAUCAGAACCUAUAACCCGGAACAGAUCAUGCUGAGCGCCGCGGUGCGGAGGACAAGCCGGGACGUCCGGAUCAUGAAGGAGAAACUCAUCUUUUCAGAAAUUAAUAACGGCAUGGACACCCCCGAGGAGCUGUCACUGUGCUCUGAGAGCCGCUAUGACGGUUUCUCCAACAACGCCAUAACUCCAAGCACAGACUCGAAAACCACCAGCAACCAGAGAGUCGAUGAGACCUGACAGGACGAGGCCCGAUACAUGUUUACAGUGAAAUCCACGGAAGACCCCCUCGUCCUCGGCGUCAACGUCUUCCCAAGACGAGGGAAUUUUACGGGACUACUUUAUGCCAGGAUAAUGUUUAUUUUUGCAGAUUUUUUUCUCUUAGUCUUGUUGUAUAAUUCGGACUGUGAGGUUGUAUAUAUGUAGAAAAUAAUUUGAUUCCUUUUUUUUUUUCUUCGCCCUUCGUGUAUUUUGUGACUAGGACACAAGCAAGUUCUUGUGGAAAUUGAUUUCUUUUAUUUUAUUUUAUUUUUUCAAUUUAAACCGAGAAAAUGUUGAACACAGCCUGAUGGAGUCCGUUCCGUUCUUACAAUAACCUCGCCAUGCGGUCUGAUAAAAAAUAUCGUGUAUAAGGGGGCAGCACAGUCUUCUCAUACUGGAGGCGGCCAUUUAGUAUCUUUUUAACACCAUUAGUUUCAGGAUAUGUCUAGAAGUGGUCACAGGAAGUUCUGUCUGCUAUACAGUACACUGCCUCUCCAGGCUGCACAGACUUGUCAUAGGCCCCUCCCACUCAGACAGUAUGAGAGGAUGGUAGAUAUCAUUCAACUUCAAGAUCUAUACAUGAAAAAGGGCAGAGAGGAGAACGUGCAAGAAGGAUUUAGAGUUAUCUGUCUAUAUAAAGCUGAAGCGUCCCGGGGGUGGGGGGAUGAUAAUGUGUAAAGGACAGAGAUUAUCAAUGAUUACCUCCUUCUCUAACCUGAUCACUUAUACUCUAGUCACAUCCAGAGCUGCUUUCAAAAUUCUGCUGUCAGAUGAACUCCAACAAUGCACUGCAAUGUGAGAACUAGAGACCAGAGAAAAAUCUAGAUGCAGCUUUAGAAGUGACUACAGUAUUAGGCAUGCAAUAAUUAGAGAUCAGUGCAGGGUGGUAGUACUGUAUUUGCCAAUUUAGUCAAUCUAUGUACAUUUUUUAUGUGCAAAGUUCCUUUAACCCCUUAGUGACCACUAUACUGACGUAAACAAGGGGGGUCCUAGCUAAACGGCUGGCUUUAAUCAAUCAUUACAUGUACUUAAAAUGGUGCAUUAAAAACUAUAACUUGUCCUGAAAAAAAAUAAGACCUCAUACAAGUACAUUGAUUAAAAAACAAAAAAAGUUAUAUCUCUUGGAAGGAAUGCAAUUUUUUUUAAAUGCGCGUGAUCACUAAGGGGUUAAGAUGCAGGCAUCGGGUUUAAUGGAUGUAGAGCCCCAACGUUUUGUUUUUUUUAUCCCAUAGAUUUCUAUGCAAUAGUGUGCUCCACCUGAAUCUGUCUGUCCAUGGGGACCCUGACAUAGCCUAGCCAUUGCAUCCUCCUCCAAUGCCGCGGUUACUUUCCAGCUUCUGUAAAACUACAACUCUCAGCAUGCUAUGAGUUGCACUGCUUCAACAGUUCGAGUUCCCCGCUUUACUGCUUGUUGGUAAUGAUUAUCCUUCAGAGAGCAGCCAGAAAGAGAAGAGGCCGUUUCUGUUAAUUACAUCAUAUGCCCAGUUUGUGCUGACAUCAUAUGACUCCACCCAGUUUCUGAUGACAUCAUAUGCCCAAUAAACAGGGUUAAAAAAAAAAAUGUUACACAAAAGACUAUUUGGAAUAAAACAUUAUAGAUGGUGGCAACAUGAGUUCAUUUCAUGAACUGGACCCAUUGAUUGACUGAGAAGCCCCCCUGUAUUCAUGAAAUGUCAUUUCAUCCCUAAACUUAGUGGGGUGCAUGAAAGCUACUGCAUCCCCACGGAUAGGGAGCCCCUUUCACAAACCUCUUUGGCUCACACAAUAGGUUGGUUUAUGCCAAGCGUCAGCCACCUCCAGCACUCCAACUGUUGGUGUAGGAGUUCCAAGAACAACCCAGCACGUAUGCAUGCUGGGAGUUGUAGUUCCCAAAGAGCUGGUGCACAGGAGGUUGCCGAUCCCUGGUUCAUCCUUGCCACAGGGGAACACUCCAUACCAAAUUGAUGCACUGUAUUAUGUCUAAUGCUGGGCCUUAGGGGGUGGAGCAUGACACACAGAUUCAGGACCACCCAAGAGAGAUUCACUUUGUCAUGCUCCGCCCCCUCAGACCCUGUCGUAAAUAUAACACAGUGUGUCGUUUCUACCUGGGCUGUUCCUUGAAAUGUAUUUCCAGCUCAAGCCACUUGACGGCAAUAGAAAGAUGGGGAAAGAAAAAUCAUUUUCCAUGAAAAUCCAGACAGCCACCAAAAACUACAGGUAAAACCAGAAUUGCUAUGAGACCUAAUGUAUAGAAGUAUCGUUCAGAGUAAAUCAAGACCUGUGACUUUUAUACCGAUGUCCUGAUACAGAAAAUAAAGUGUUUUUAAUUUUUUUUUUAAUUAUCCAGUUUAUAGAAGCGCAGUAACCAUCACCCACCACUAGAUGCUAUAGAAAAUUCCUAGUAGUUCGGCAUUGUGUAUUAUAGCGCCACCUUGCCUUUAAAGGGGUGUGUCGGGACUUUAAUAUUGAUGAUCCAUCCUUUAUGAUUGGUCAUCAAUAUCAAACUGGCGGGGGUCUGACUCGAGGAUGCUGGGAGUUGGAUUCCUGCCGAUUUGUUAACGACGACCAAUCCUAAGGAUAGCUCAUCAGUAUUAAAGUCCUGGCACAGCCCUUCAAUAUUUGGCAAAAUAUCUGGAAAAAAAGGAAAUGAGCCCCUAAAAUAAAGAAAAAUGUGAAUCUGCCAACAGAAACCAGCACAACAUACAAACAAGGGACUGUCAUGGCAGAAAGAGGGCGAGGUCUUCAUCCAGAUUAUUUUUUUCUUUUUAGUUUCUGGAGAUUUUGUGUUUUGAAUCCUAUUUGGGGGUUUUUUGUUCCCACUGCUGCUCAUCACCACCAUAUGGGGAGCAACACCCCGCCACCCCCACGGACUGCCGCGGCGCUCUACCACCCUCCUGGAAAACAGUAUUUAUUCCUAGUCUUCUAUGAUCAGGCUGUGAAAUGUUACUGUGUUGUGUUCAAGAAUAAAUUAAUUUCGUAUGGA